GAAAUAAGGAUAGAGAAGAGUUGUCUUUUAAAAAAUCAGCCGUCACAGCAGAUACAAAAGGGUCAAGAAGUCGACUUGCAUACGACUAUUGUUCAUCAUGAGUUCUCAACACUUUAUACCACCUGUGAACUUUGGCAUGAUAGAAGAAGACUUGUAUCGUUCAGGUCAACCGAAUGAACUCAAUUUUCCUUUUCUAGAGAAACUUGGACUUAAAACCAUCGCAUGGCUUGCACCAGAAGAACCCAAUCAACGAUUUCUAGACUUUAUUGAUGACCAGGAAAUCCAACUUCAUCAUCUAGGCGUUGUUUCAUCUGUCAAUGCAUGGGAUCCUAUUACAGAAGAAGCCGUACUACAAGCCUUGGAUUUAAUAUUGAAUCCUUCAAACUAUCCUAUGAUUAUUAUGUGUAAUUUAGGCAGACAUCGAACAGGCACUAUUGUAGGCUGCAUGAGGAAACUUCAGCGUUGGAAUUUAACCAGCAUUUUUGAGGAAUACCGCCGUUAUGCAGGACCAAAAGUGCGUCUAUUGAAUGAACAGUUUAUUGAAUUAUUUGAUACAGAUCUGGUUGCAAUUCCUGCAAAUAAACCCAAAUGGGGCAUUUAAAUAAGUUUUCUAGGAGUAAAGAUCAAGGGAUCAUUGUUGGGAGCGGCAAUGGCGCCUGCAAGGUAUCGAAUAGGCAUAGGAGGCUUGCCGCUCUUUGUCUUG